AGAGAGAGAGAGAGAGAGAGAGAGAGAGAGAGAGAGAGAGAGGGCGCUGUGUCUGAGAAACACUCAGACAGAACAUAUGAGCAGUCGCGGCUCGUCUCGCGCCAGAGAUGCUGAUAUCUGCACCGGAGCAAGAGCUCUUUAAACACAGACUCACAUUACAGCUGGAGAGAAAACAUCUCGCUCAGAGACACAGCUGAACAUAAGACAAGAUAGAGAGGGAGAGAGAGUGUUUGAAAGAAAAAUUGAAAGAAAACUACACCGAAAAAGAAAGAUCAUUAGAGACGUGUUGUGGCAGUUUCACAUUCCCACACAGAUGAGAUGGAUUCACUCUUAACAUCACUGGUGUGCAGGGACGCCACACAUCUGGACGUCUGAUGAUCAUGGAGAGCAUGUUUAUUGGUAACGCUUGCCAGAGCGGUCUGGUGCCAGCGCUGCUACGAGCUCCUCUGCCCACCGUGACAUCUUCUCUGGGCAUGAAACAAUUCCUAUCCUUCCCACUGGACAACGGUUCAACACUGGGUCUGAUGACUGGCUUCAGCUCUAUGGACCCUGUUCAGAAGGCUGUUUUACAUCAAUCGUUUGGUGUUCCUGCUUCUUCUAAAAAGAAAUGUGCUUCAUGCGGCGUGUGCCAGCUGAGAUUUAACUCGCAGAGCCAGGCACUGGCCCACUACAAAGGCACCAAACACGCCAAGAAACUGAAAUCCUUGGAUGGCCCGAAAUGCCUCAAACAGAAGAGCCCAGUCGCCAGGGAAAAUACCAACAAGGAGCCACCUAGAGGUCUCUCACCAUUGACGAUGGCCAACAACACAGACAGAACAGAUGGAGGUCCUGAAGAUCUCGUGGCCCCUGCAUCUCCAUCUUCUGUGCUGAUUUCUGGCCCUAACAUGAGCCCCACAGAGGGAGAGUCUACCUCAGUACCUCAAGGAGGCGAGGACGCCCCCAUGCCCAGUCCUCCUCAGUCGACAGAACAGGAAAGUGAAGUGACUCUAGAGGAGGAGGAGUCAGAGGAGGAGAAAGCCCUGCGUCUCCUUUACUGUUCGCUCUGUAAGGUGGCCGUUAACUCUGCAUCCCAGCUGGAGGCUCACAAUAGUGGCACAAAGCACAAAACCAUGCUGGAGGCUCGCACUGGAAGCGGUUCCAUCAAAUCUUUUCCCAGACCGGGGGUUAAAAGUAAACUAACGACGCCCACCAAAACAGACACGGGCCUGCAAAACAAGAUGUUUCACUGUGAAACCUGCGACGUGCACGUCAAUUCAGAGACGCAGCUCAAACAGCACAUCAGCAGCAGACGUCACAAAGACAGAGCAGCGGGAAAACCAGCUAAACCUAAGUACGGUCCUUACAGCAAAACUCAAAGAGGACCAAUCAAACAGACGCAGGUAAAGAUGCCAAUAGGAAAAGAUUUGUGUCCAUCUCUGACAGGCCGGAUAUUGCCAUCGCACCUGGCAGCUGUCGCUGCGGCGGCCGCUGCCGUAAGCUCCGCCUUUCCGCUGCGUGCCUGCCAUAACCCCGCCCUCUUUCAGACUCAGACCCUCCCUGCCACUUUGCUCCGUCCCUCCCCGGGGCCAAUCAGGACUGCUCACACGCCUGUACUGUUUGCCCCUUAUUGACCUUUGAACUCUGACCUCAUGUGCUUGGAUCAUCGCACCAUUUCCUCACACCGGGCUCACAGCCCACGUCUAAUGCGACAUAUCGCAAUAAUUGGAAAACAAAAACCCAAACCAGGUAACUAUGCAUUGUCAUUUUUAUGCGACACACUGAAGCUAUAAAUGUCCUGGUGAAUUGUUCGUUCAUUAUCAUCAUGGUACAAUGUGUACAACUUUGAAGAAAAUGUGAGUAUAAUAUACGCACCAUCAUGUUGAUCUUAACUGUAUUAUUUUCUGUCUUCUGUGAAACACAAGAGUUGAUGUUAUGCAGAAGGUCCGAGCUGUUCCUUGUAAUGGGAACAAGAUCGUGAUUUACAUUGACAAGCCCCAGAAUGAUAAAAAUACCACAAAUCUUUUACCAUAUAAAAAUAUCACAAACAUUUUUGAAUGAAUCAUGCUAUUAUUCAAGCCAAGAAAUUGUUGCAGUCAAUAUGUUUCAGUGCUUUGGAGGACUGACUCAAAUCUGCCACACAGAUCUGUUUCUAAUGCUUUUAUUUCAAUGUGCAUUCGUUGUACAGAAAGUAAGAGCAGUUUUUGUGUUCAGUUUGUGUUUACUGAAGAAGAAAAUGAUACACAAUGAAUAUGUGUAUGAGUAUAUACUGAGAAAAUGUACUUUUGGGAUUCAAUUUGGGAUGUUAUGGGAGGUUUUAUUUGACUGCUGUCGCACUUUAAGCUGUUUUGGUUGUAGAUGUUCACUGCUUUACAUGACUUUCAGCUGUUAAUGUAAUGAGAUGAUCAAUACUUCAUUUGUAAUGAUGGGUGAUGGGUCCAGUAGUGUGAGGUGGAAUCUCUGUAGGAGUUGUCACAUUACAAAAAUGAAAAAAAAUCUUUGAGUACUUUUGCUAGUAUGGAGCCCCUAAGGGGACAUAGAGCAAAAAUUAAAUAAAGUUUAGUUUCGCGAAAACUAUAGUUUCGUGAAACUAUCGCGUGCACACGUGAAACUAUCAUGUUUAGUUUUGUGUGCGGAGGUGAAUCUAUCCCGUGCGCACGUGAAACUAUCGCUUUCACGUGCACACGCGAUAGUUUCACGAGCGCAUGCGAUGGAUUCAAGCGCACAUGCGAUAGAUUCAUGUGCGCAUGCAAUAGUUUCACAUGGGCACGUGAAACUAAACUUUAAAACUAAAUACUGCACAUGAAGGUUUCAAGUGAGCACAUAAAAGUUUCACGUGAGCACAUGAAACUAAACUUUAGAUUUUUUUAAUUCCAAUGUCACCUUAGGGCCUCGGUAUGCUAUAGAGCUCAAUUUGUGUCAGAAAAAAAUGAUGAGACAGAUAAGAAAAUGACUUUAAGGCUGGAUUUACACUGCAAAUCUUGAUGCCCAAUUCCAAUUUUUUAAUUGUAUCUGAUUUUUUUGCCGACCCACUUACAUCAUCUUUUAAAGGCGACUCGUAUCCGAUAUCAGCAUUUACACUAAACACUUGGCAAAACAAUUCAAGGUAGACAUACUGACCCGGACAGCUUAAAAGGAAGUAAAAUUUUGCGUUAUGCAAGACAAAAUGAUUAUACAAGAUUAUAAAGCUUUAUUUCUGUAACAAAACAUAAAACUUCACCAUUACUCCACUAAACGGAGCCGUCGUCCCCCAUUGCGCUGCUAAGAAGAGUCACGUCACCGCGGUGUAUGGUGUCCAUCUAAGUUGACUUCAUUGCGGACGCGAAUGCAUGUAUCCAAAUUCAUAUCCGAUUUAUUUCCACAUACACUGCAAAAAAUGAUUUUCAAGAAAAAAAAAUCGUAGUAUUUUUGUCUUGUUUUUAGUAAAAAAUAUCUAAAAAUACUUAAAUUAAAAUUGAUUUUUCUUGGGUUUUCUUGGGAUUGGGUUUCCUUGAUGAGCAAAACGACCCAAGAAAAUAAGUCUAGUUUUUAGAGCAAAAAUAUCAAAUUUAAGUGAUUUUGUGCAUAAAACAAGCAAAAAAUCUGCCAAUGGGGUAAGAAAAAAAAUCUUGAACUUUUUUCUUAAACACUAAAUUCAACAAAAAUUUGCUUACCCCACUGGCCGAUUUUUUUGCUUGUUUUAUGCACAAAAUCACUUAAAUUUGAUAUUUUUUGGUCUAAAACUAGACUUAUUUUCUUGGGUCGUUUUGCUCAUCAAGAAAAAGCAUCUUAAUUUAAGAAUUUUUAGAUAGUUUUACAGAAAACAAGACAAAAAUACAAAUAAACAUUUUUUUUUGAAAAUCAUUUUUUGCAGUGUAUGCUCUUUAUUCCUGCACACAACAAGAUAAUCGGGCUGAAUUUGGGCUGAUUUUUCCACUUACGCAAUCCUAGGCAGAGUCCCGGUCGUCUUCAUGGUUGAACCGAUUAUCUUAUCAAAUUUUCCUGUGGUGUGCGGUGUGUUAAGAGUGUCUGAAUCUGCUCUGAAGCACGUCGGAGCCGCUCCAAUUGCAAAUCGUAAAUAUUUAACAUGUUCUGAAAUCUUGUUGUGUGGGGGAAUCCCCAAGGACAAACGCACACGCUGUUGAUUUUCACGUGAAACAAAAUGAUACCCAAUCAGAAAGUUAGCUGAAAAAGCAGUCCAUUGUAUUAAUUUCUUUAUGCCCAUUGUCUUGCCAUGAUCUUCGCGUGAUUUUCUGUGUUCUCAGCUGAGACUUGCGUUAUUUGUUAAAGGGGCCAUGGCAUGAAAAUCUGACUUUUUCCAUGUUUAAGUGCUAUGAUUGGGUCCCCAGUGCUUCUAUCAACCUAGAAAAUGUGAAAAAGAUCAACCCAGUAACUUAGUUUUGGUAAACCAUUCUCUACAAGCGCAUGCAAAAAUAAGUCGUUGAAAUUUGGCUCCCCUUAUGAUGUCAUAAGGAGCUCUUAUUAUGAUAAUACCGCCCCUUAAUCUGCACUAUCCAACCACAGCACUGCCAUUUAGUGCAGAGAAAAGCACAACUGAGUUGUAACAAACCACCAUCAUUGUGAUCAGUGUUUCAAUUUAUCAGCUCAUUUGCAUUUUAAAGGACACACCCAAAACGGCACAUUUUUGCACACACCUACAAAGUGGCAAUUUUAACAUGCUAUAAUAAAUUAUUUAUAUGGUAUUUUGAGCUAAAACUUCACAUAUGUGCUCUGGGGACACCAAAGAUUUAUUUGACAUCUUAAAAAGUCUUAUGCCAUGGCCUCUUUAAUCUGAUGUUGCGUGGUGUGCUGUCAUGACCACAUAAUGGCACUUCACAAACUAUAGGAACAAAUGUGUUAAAUCAACGAUUAUUUUUCAUCAUGUUCACAUUUUGAAAAUCUGAUAAAUUUAAAAAAUCUUUUGGUGUGGCAAAAUCAGAAUUGAGUCACUUCAAACAUGCAAUGUAAAUGCGGCCUAACACUGACAUUACAUUGUGUCAAAUCUUUCAUGAACGCAGACUCCAUGUAUCUGUAACAUGUCAUUUUUUAUAUUACAAUACUUCAAUCCCAAUUUAAUUUUCACAGUCAUUACUCACAGGUUAAUUUCUCUAAAAAGUGUAAACACUGUAAUCUGGUCUGUACUCUGUAAAAAGUGAAAGUUGGUUUAAAAUUAUUUCAAUUGGUACCACCUAAAAAUGAAAGUUUUUUUCAACUAAAAGGUGAAUUGUGUAACUUUUAGAAGGUUCUCUUGACAGAAAUGCAAUAUAAUAUAACAAUAUUAUUAGUGGUGUAUAAAGACCUUACAUAGUGAACUGUAUUGUUUUUAUUACCUUAGAAUGAGCCGCUUUAUAUCCAUACAACGCAGGUCCUCUUACAUGAAAAUCGGCAUCAUGUUUCUAAGCCCUGCUCUAAAGAGAGCGUGUUUCAUCCAUACGUUGUCUCAGACGACGACAUGUCUGUCCUGUGGUGGCUACCAUGUGCUUUUUGAAAAUGAGGGGUGAGCUGUUGGUUGCAAUUCACAAUAUCACCACUAGAUUUUGCUAGAAUUUAUACACACCACUUAAAGGUGCAGUCAGGGAGUUUUAGCGGCAUCUAGUGGUGAGACUGUGAAUUGCAUAGUAAAGCUAUGGUAGCCGCCACAGGAUAAACACAUCAUCAUCUGAGACAAUGACUAAACACGCUCUGAGCACGCAGGCACCAUGUUGAAGACCACUGUUCUAAAUUUUACACAUUGUACCUUUAACUCUUUCACCGCCAGCGUUUUUUAAAAAAGUUGCCAGCCAGCGCCAGCGUUUUUCAUGAUUUUCAUCAAAGUUUAAUGCCUUCCAGAAAAUGUUCUUCUUUAAAUAUAUAAACAUACAAUAUACCAAAUGAAAGAACAGACCCUCUGCUUUCAAACAAAAAAAAAAACGUUUCAUCCUACCUUCAGUAGUUCUUUUGUAAUCAGCUUUUGAAUAUGGGUAGGUUUCUGCAAAAACACCACAUUUUGAGCAAAAAGCUGAGAUAAUUCCAUUUUUGUGACGGACUUUUCAUAGAGAUCCCAUUCAGAGCGAUCUUUAAAACAGACACGGACAUGCAGCUGCUUGCCAUAGGGCAAUACUUCCGGGUUUAAAAAGUUGCGGAAGGGCGCCACCUGGUGGAUAAUAGCGGUAUUGCGGAAAGACGGAAAAUCUCGUCAUUGGCGGGGAAGCGUUUUCUGUUAAUUGACGAGAUAUCUCGUCAAUGGCGGUGAAAGAGUUAAAGUGCAAAAUUUAUGUUGAAAAAGCUUAAAAUUUUAGGUGUUACCAAUUAAAGUAUUUUUUAGUAGAUCCAACCUUUACUUUUUAAACUGUAUAAAGAUCCAAACUAUUACUAAUAGUGGGACUAUUAGUUUGUCCCACUGAUGGAUUAUGUGGAGUAUUUGGCUAACCUUUUUAAAAA